AUGACCAAAACGGCUGUAUCCCGGUUUUGUGCGAUCGUGAAAGUCAUUCGCUUUUGUGCAGGCUUCUGUGGCACAGAUGUCUCUGAUCCUAACUAUCGAAUGUGGGCGCUGACUUAUGUUGUAAUCACCUCCGUUAUCUUCUUUUUUGCCUGUACCUUGUAUACGAUUUAUGUGGGCGUGGUAUUGAAUAACGACUGGACGAUAAUAUUGCAAGCAUUUGCCGUGGCUGCUUCAGCGAUUCAGGGUUUAACGAAGUUGUUGACCUGUGUGGCAAAUGCGUCACUAAUGCGUAACAUACAGGGCACCUAUGAGUCCAUUUACAAGGAGUACGAGGGAAAAGACGGGGAAUAUACAAAAUAUCUGCACAAGCGCAUCAAUACCUUCUGGAACCUAAUGGUGGCCUUCAUAUGGGUGUACACGAGUCUCGUGACCUUUAUGAUCUGCUAUCCCUUGUUCCAUUUCGUCGCCUACAAUCAGAAGCUGAUGGUCUUACAUUUCCUAGUGCCGGGUAUCGAUCACAAUAGCGACAGCGGACAUCUGAUGCUGAUCACACUGCACAUCAUGUGCUUGAUCUUUGGUGCAUUUGGUAACUUUGGUGGCGAUAUGUACCUCUUUUUGUUUAUCAUCAAUGUGCCGCUACUAAAGGACAUAUUUAGAGUGAAAUUCGAAGAGCUCAACGAGCUGGUCCUGCAGAACGAUAAGUAUGAGGAGAUGCACAGCAUAUUUUGGGAACUUCUGGCCUGGCACCAAAAGUAUGUAAAAAUUCUGCACGGAACGAAGAAAGUCUUCAAAACUGUUAUGUUCGUCCAGCUUUCAACGGCUUGCGUCAGCAUUUUGUGCACCAUUUCUUGCAUGUUUAUGAAGGUCUGGCCCUCAGCUCCCGCCUAUUUGAUGUAUUCGUUUAUAGUACUGUACACCUUUUGCGGUCUGGGCACCAUAGUGGAGAACACGAAUGAACACUUUACAAAUGAAAUCUACUCGACUUUGUUGUGGUACGAGCUGCCGGUUAAAGAGCAAAAGAUCGUGAUUCUCAUGCUAGCCAAGUCGCAGAAUGAACUGGUUCUAACUGCAGCUGAUGUACUCCCACUUUCGAUGGCUACUGCCCUGCAGUUAACCAAGGGUAUAUAUAGUUUUAGCAUGAUGCUAAUUACCUACUUGUAG